UUGGGAAGAAAACCGUAAAAACCGGUGCGUCGUGGGAUCACUGGAGCCGCUGACCACGGCCUCGAGACCCCCGCGGCGGCGUGCGCCGUGCCGUGCGCAACAAGCCGAUCAGCAGCCGACCACCCCUUUCCCCUUCGUCUCCGCACCCUCCAGAUCCCACCAGGCCACCACCACCCAGGACCCCCGACCCGACCCCAUGGCCUUCUCGCGCCUCCUCCCCUCCCGCUGCCUCCUCUCCGCCCUCCUCCACGCCCCGACCCCUAUCCCCAUCCCCGCCCCACGCGCCGUUGCUACCACCCCGCUCGCCCCCUUCCUCCGCUCCUUCGCCUCCGCCACGCGGCGCGCGGGACCCUCUUCCCGCCCCCGUACCGUGGACAUCGGCGCCCGCGCGCGUCAGCUGCAGACCCGCCGCCUCUGGUCCUACGCGCUCGCUUUCGGCUGUGCGGCCGGGUUCGUGGUCACCGUGCUCGCCACGUUCCAGGACCAGCUCGUCUUCUACCUCACGCCCACCGACGCGCUCGCCAAAUUCGUCGCCGACCCCUCCAAGUCCCGCGUCCGCCUCGGUGGGCUCGUGCUGGAGGGCUCCGUCGCGCACCCCUCGCCGUCCUCCCCCGAGAUCGAGUUCGUCGUCACGGACCUCGUCACCGACGUGCUCGUCCGGUACGACGGCGCCCUGCCCGACCUCUUCCGCGAGGGCCACUCCGUUGUCGUCGAGGGGUUCCUCAAGCCCUUCACCGACGACCUCCGCCGCGACGACGGAAGGAAGGUGGCCGAGAAGGCAAGGGAGUGCGCGUGCUUCCUGCGCGGCACCGAGGUGCUCGCCAAGCACGACGAGAAGUACAUGCCCAAGGAGGUCGCCGAGGCGCUCGAGCGCAACAAGAAGCAGCUCGAGGCCGAGGCGGCCGCCGCUGAGGGGACGGGGGCGGUGGCGGUGGCGGCGGAAGGAGCAAAGGCAAACUCGUAAGAUUUUGCAUUCCGGUUUGAGAUUUACUAGAUUUUACAUGUGAGGCAUAGGUAGAUUUGAUUUCCCACUGGAAUUUUGGGAUAUCCGCGACGUGAUUCAAUUUAAACUGUUGUGAUUGUAGUAUUGUCAGCCGGAGAUAAGGCAAUUUUUGUUAGAUGAAAGUGAUGAUUGGACACAGCUAUAUAUAUUCUUUUUGAAGCAAUA